UGCCCCACACAUGACCUUGUUUUCUCUCUCCUCCUCAAAGUCCCACUUUAAAUACCCACACCGCCACUCCAUUACACACCACACCACCCUACUCCUUUCCUUCUCUCCCUACUUCUCUCCCUUUCCCUCUCAUCUUCACAAACACCUCUUAUUUCUCUUCUCUUUACAAAAAAGAAAAGAAAAAAAUGGCCAUUAAGAAAUCAAACAAGCUGUCACAAGCAACAGUUCUGAAGCAAAUUGUGAAGAGGUGUUCAAGCUUGGGAAAGAAACAAGGAUAUGAUGAAGAGGGUCUUCCCAUGGAUGUCCCAAAAGGCCACUUUGUUGUUUACGUUGGUGUAAACAGAAGCAGAUACAUUGUUCCAAUCUCUCUCUUGACUCAUCCUGAGUUCCAGAACCUUCUUCAACGUGCCGAAGAAGAGUUCGGGUUUGAUCACGACAUGGGUCUUACCAUUCCUUGUGAAGAAGUAGUUUUUCAGUCACUUCUUGUGGAAUAGAAAGAGUGUGUGUGUGUAGGUAAAGUAGGGUCUUUGUUUGAAGAGAUCAUGAAGAUGUUUCACUGCUUCUCAGUUUUUUCAUUUUCAUUUUCAUUUUCAUUUUUCUUUUCUGUUACAGUUAGUUUAACCCAAAAACCCGAGAACACAUUCUGGGUUUUAGAUAUAGCAUAUGUAUAUCUCAAAAGGUUUGAAAUUUUUCCUCACAGUGGUGUUUGGUUCUGUGCCCUGUGAGAGAAGAGAACUAAUAUUAAUGAUAUUUGGGGUUGAUGCCCAUUUUAAUUCA